AUGUCCGGCGCCGCUCCCGCACCUGCUGCUGCUGCUGGCAGCACUGCUCGCUCACAGUGGCAGACCCGUGACGCUCAUGCUCGCCUAGCCGUUCGCAGCCACCUGCCGUUAGAUGAGCGCGCGCACUUUGGCCAGCAUAAGACCGCUAAAGAGCUGUACGACGCAGUAGUUGCACGCUACUCCUCCCCUGCUACUGCUGCGAUAGGCCGUCUCUCACUGCCCUAUCUCUUCCCCGAUCUGUCUGCCUUUGCCACUGUAGCUGACCUCAUCACCCACCUCCGUACUAGUGAUCUUCGCUACCGUGCCGCGCUUCCCCCCGAUUUCCUAGCCAAGAACCCUCCCCCGAUGUACCUCACACUCUACCACCUAGUCACCCGCCUCCCUGACUCUCUUCGCGCUGUCAGGGACCACUUUCUCGCCCUCUCCCCCACCGACCUCACUCUCGACCUGCUCGAGAAGGAACUCCUAGCAGCUGAGAAGAGCAUUGUAGCUGUAGGUGCCUCUCGUGGUGACCCUCGCACUCCCUUCUUUGAGGGGUGCUCCCCCGUCCCCCUCCUCCCCUCCAUUGCAUCUGCUGCUGCUGUCGACUACCUCGGAGCAGAGGGGGUCGGGGCUGCGUCUGCUCCUAGUGGGAGGCACAAGGGUGGCAGGGGCAAGGGGGGCAAGGGUGGCGGGGGUGGCGGCAGGGGCGGCGGUGGUGGAGGGGGUGGAGGCGGCGGGGGUGGUGGCGGUGGUGGGAGUGGUGCUGGUGGUGGGGGGGUCAGUGGCGGAGCCGGGGGUGGUGGCGGCGGCGGUGGCGGGGGUGGUGGUGGCAGUGGUGGCGGCAGUGGAGCUGGUGGCGGGCGCGGUGGAGCGAUGCAGCGUCGGGGGAUCGGCGGUGGCCAGAGGCAGCAGCAGCAGCGUCCCAGCAAGACCCCGUUGCCCCAGCAGCUCCGUGAGUGGUACUCUCAGCGUGGGGGGUCUGGGGGUGGAGGUACCGGCCCGUACGUCAUCCGCACGGGUGACCGCACUGGCCAGACCUGUGGGAGCUGGGCUGAUCUGCUUAAAAAGAACAUUGAUAUCUUUGCUCUUGAUUUUGAUGCUAUCCUUGGUGCUAUUGCGUCUGCUGCCAUAGGUCCUGGUGAGGCUGCUGCUCUAGGUGCUAGUGAGUCUGCUGCUCCAGGUGCUCGUGCGUCUACGCCUGCUGGUACUGCGUCUACUGAGGCACUGCACACCUUCACACUGGACUCGGGUGCUUCCCGCUGUUUCUUUCGUGACCGCACUGUCCUUGAGCCGCUAGCUCGGCCUGUUGCUGUCUCCCUUGCUGACCCCUCUGGGGGCCCGGUCCUUGCGACCUCCUCCACUGUUCUCCCUUGUCCUGCGGUUCCGGCCGGCACCCUGUCGGGUCUUUACCUCCCCUCGUUCUCUACGAACUUGGUGGCGGGCUCUGCUCUCCAGUACGGGAGUGUUCACCAGUUCACCCCUGCCUAUGAGCGUGUGACCCACUGUACGUGUGCUCGGACGGGUCGCCACCUAAAUACCUUCACUCGGCAGCGGGGGUCAGACCUGUACACACUGACCACUGAGUCCCCUCAAGUAGCUGCGUCUGCGUCUGCGUCAGGUCAGCUGUCGGCCCCCUGCUCGUGUCGCACCCUGUCGCACCAGACCGUCCUCUGGCACCACCGCCUUGGUCACCCCUCAGUGCAGCGCCUUCGUGGCAUGCACUCCCGGUACCUUGUCUCUGGUCUUCCCAGGGUUCUCCCUCCCCUCCCACCCUCGCCUGCUCCUCCCUGUCUUCCCUGUGUCGAGGGGCAGCAGCGCGCCGCUCCUCACUCCUCCUCGUUCCCUCCCACAGAGGCUCCCCUGCAGACUCUCCACCUGGACGUGUGGGGCCCAGCCCGCGUCUGUGGACAGGGCCACGAGCGGUACUUCCUGCUGGUCGUCGACGACUACACGCGCUACACCACGGUCUUCCCCUUGCGCACCAAGGGUGAGGUCCCUGAUGUUUUGAUCCCUUGGAUCCGCGCUACUCGUCUCCAGCUCCGCGAGCGGUUCCAGUCGGACUUUCCCGUCCUGCGUCUGCACUCUGACAGGGGUGGUGAGUUUUCCUCCGACCUCUUGGCAGCCUUCUGUGCGGAGCACGGCAUCCGCCAGACGUUCACACUUCCGGCCUCUCCUCAGCAGAAUGGGGUUGCUGAGCACCGCAUUGGCUUAGUCAUGGAGGUCGCUCGUACCUCCAUGAUCCAUGCGGCUGCCCCCCAUUUCCUGUGGCCGUUUGCAGUGCAGUACGCCGCGCAUCAGCUCAACCUCUGGCCCCGGGUCUCUGCUCCGGAGACCUCGCCCACACUGCGUUGGACGGGGGAGGUUGGCGAUGCGUCGGUGUUCCGGGUCUGGGGAUGUCGACCCUUUGUCCGCGAUACGUCCGCGGACAAGCUCUCCUCCCGUGCCGUUCCCUGUGUCUUCCUUGGCUUUGUCCCUGACGCGCCUGGCUGGCAGUUUUACCACCCCACCUCGCGCCGUGUCUUCCCCUCUCAGGACGUCACUUUUGACGAGUCGGUACCCUUUUACCGUCUCUUCCCCUACCGCACUGCGCCGCUUCCCCCCCCGCCGCUCUUCCUCACCCCAGGUGUCCCUUCGGUAGACCCCCUCCCUCCCCGGGGUCCUGCUCCCUCAGGUGUUUCCCAGGUAGACCCGGUCGAGCCUGUCGAGGUAGCUGUCGACUCUGGUCCUUCGAGGGGUACUGUGUCUGGGGGUGCUGAGACUAGGGGUCCUGAGCCUGGGGGUACUGAGAUUGGGGGUGCUGAGCCUGGGGGUGCUGGGCCUGGGGGUGCUGAGCCUGGGGGUGCUGAGACUGGGGGUGCUGAGCCUGGGGGAGCUGGAGCUGCUAAGGGUGCUGGCGCUGGAGGUUCUGGAGCUGCUGCGGGUGCUGGCGCUGAGGGUUCUGAGUCUGCUGUUGCGCGGUCUCCUUGGAGUAGCCGCCUUCGUCCGCGUGUGCCUCUCACGUCACAGCAGCUCCACGACUGGUACGGUCGCCGUCAGGGUCGCGCUUCUGGAGCUCGGAGUUCUGCCGCUGGAGGUGCUGCUGCUGACGUUGCUGGAGCUGGGAGUGGUACUGGUCCUUUGUCUACUGGAGUUACUGGUCCCGGAGGUGCUCGUCCUGGAGGUACUGGAGCUGCUGGGGCUGGAGGUGCUGAGCCUGCGGGUGCUACUGCUGGAGACACUGCGGCUGGAGACCCUGGGUCUGGGGGUGCUGCUGCUGGAGACACUGAGGCUGGGGACCCUGGGACUGGAGGUGCUGGUUCUGGGGGUGCUGCUGCUGGAGGCACUGAGGCUGGGGACCCUGGGACUGGAGGUGCCGGUUCUGGGGGUGCUGCUGCUGGAGACGCUGCGGCUGGAGGUACUGGAGCUGCUGGUGCUGGUGGCACUGCACCGCCGCGACUGUUCUUCGCUCCGCCGUCUCCGUCGUCUCAGCCACCGCCUGACUCUGUACUUCGUCAAGUUCUUAGUCUCCCGUCUUCUACUGGUCUCCCGUUACAGCCUGGCUCACCGCUGCCUGCUCCUUCCCCUUACACUGAGCAGGCAGGGGGUCUUGCUGAGCGUCGUGAGCCUGCGCCGCGUCCUGUCUCGCCUGUUCGUUCUGGUCGUACCAGUCGUCGUGUUGCUCGUCCGCGUCAGCCGGCUGUCCCCGGCGCACACCUCGUAGUCCGUCGUCCUUCCUCUACUGCGCAGUCAGUUCCUUUGCCGUCUCCCCCUGUGUCCUCUCUGCCUGACGUUCCGGACCCUGAGUCUGACCGGUUCCAUACUGAGCACCCUACUGUCACGCGUCUAUUAGCCACUGUUGUCACUGACUCGUCGUUUGAGUCUGCUGCUGCGUCUGCCUUGGUCGCUGAGCUUGUUGACUUUGCUGCUGCCUGUCGUCUAGACUACGCUGCUAGUCUUGUUGCUGAGUCUGAGUCUGUCUGUCCUCCGUCCGUCGGGGGUGAGUGUGCUCUUGGCACGGACGUCCUUGAGGACAGGCAGGAGGAGUUUGAGUGCUUUGCCGCUGCUGUACCUCAUCUCGUGUCCAUGCUGAUUGCACCUGAGGGAGACCCGGAUGCACCAGACAUCCCGACCCCGCGCUCUUACGCUGAGGCGAUCACGGGUGAGUACUCCUCUCAGUGGCAGGCAGCCAUGGAUGCAGAGAUGGCAUCCUGGAAGUCCACUGGCACUUACGUCGACGAGGUUCCCCCUCCUGGGGCGAACAUCGUCAGUGGCAUGUGGAUUUUCAGGGUGAAGCGGCCGCCAGGCUCUCCGCCUGUCUUCAAGGCGCGUUACGUUGCUCGAGGCUUCAGUCAGCGAGAGGGAGUAGACUUCUUCCAGACCUUCUCCCCCACACCGAAGAUGACCACUCUUCGGGUGCUACUGCACGUUGCCGCUCAGCGUGACUACGAGCUUCACUCUCUUGACUUCAGCACAGCUUUCUUGCAGGGCAGCCUGCACGAGGAGAUCUGGCUGCGCCAUCCUCCUGGCUUCACUGGGCCGUUUCCUCCUGGUACCCAGUGGAGCCUCCGGCGGCCGGUCUACGGUCUCCGCCAGGCGCCACGUGAGUGGCACGACACACUGAGGACUACACUUGCGGCUCUUGGGUUCGCGCCUUCUACUGCUGACCCGUCGCUGUUUCUGCGCACCGACACUUCGCUGCCGCCGUUCUACAUCCUCGUGUACGUCGACGACUUGGUCUUUGCCAUUGCUGACACUGAGGCUCUCGCCCUGGUGAAGUCGGAGCUGCAGAAGAGACACACGUGCACAGACCUGGGUGAGCUGCGCAGCUACCUUGGCUUGCAGAUCACCCAGAGCACGUCGCACCAUCACUCUGACUCAGUCACACAUGGUGCAGCAGGUCCUUCAGCGCUUCGGCUUCACCUGGUCCUCGGCACAGGCCACUCCUCUGGCUACAGGUCACUCGCUCUCAGCUCCACCUUCGGACGAGUCCGUAGAGCCGAGUGGUCCUUACCCAGAGCUAGUUGGCUGCCUCAUGUACCUGAUGACUUGCACUCGUCCUGA